AUGGUGAACUUGGCCGACCGACUGGUCGGAGUCAUAGAGGAUGACUUCGUCUCCGUCGCGUUCGACCCCCUCGACGAUCUCUCCGAGGCAUUUCGGGCCCGCGCCGUCCGCGUACGACGGAAGGACACAGAUCCUGGAGCAGGAGCAGGAGCAGGAGCAGGAGCAGGAGCAGGAGCAGGAGCAGGAGCAGGAGCAGGAGCAGGAGCAGGAGCAAGAAGCUUCCCGUCUCUUUCCUCACCCCUGGGCUCCUUGCGGAAGGGGAUUUCAAGUUUCCUCUCCUCGCGAAUCUCGAAGGAUGAGGAGGUGAAGCUUGUCGAGGACGAGCUGCCAGACACCAUCAUCGGACAUGCUUCCCCUGUCGACUCGUUCGAUAUGCGCGACCCGCAGCAGGCGGAGGAGGCGAAGCGACUGCUGCGCUCGUGCUCGCAGCCGGUCCUCCUAAAGCAUGCUUGCCAGCACUGGCGCGCACUGAAGACUUGGAGCAGGAGGAGGGUUGAGGAAGAGAUCACUUCAGGAAUCGUCCGUGUCGCUCCCUCCUCCAACAUCCUCCAAUGCAACAGCAACAGCCGACUGAUCAAGGAGGGGACCUUCCUCCCUCCUAGCCGGAUGGCCUUCAUGAGCGGCCAGGAGUUCUGCAGGAGGAUCCAGGAGGACAGAGGAGGACUACCUCCUCUCUUCUACGAUGAGCAGGAGAGGGUCUACCUGCAGACCGAGGCGCCUGAGAGUAUGCUGUCCGAAGCUCCGAUUCCUGCCUACUGGGAGGAGCUCGGGGUAGAGGCGGGGGGAUGCACAAACUUCUGGGUCAAGGGCAGCAAGCGGAUGCUCUUAUGGGAUGCCAAGAAGCUGCAGGACUUCUACGUGUACCCUCGGGACCAUCCCAUGUACCGCAGGAGCCGUGUCAACCCCCAGCUCCCUCCCAGCAUGGACGAAGAGAGUCGAGCUCAGCUAUUCUUCUCCUCUGUAGCGGAGGAGGCGUUCGAGGUUUUCAUCGAGCCCGGGGAUGCGGUCUUCUUUCCUGCCUACUGGUUUCAUUAUACAGGUGCGGAUGGAACCAGAGGGGAGGGAGGGGAGAGGGGAGGGGAGGAAGGGAGAGGAGGGGUGAGGGAGGGAAGGGGAGAGGAGGAGCAGAGACGAACGAAGUUGGAGCCCAGGGCCGAGGAGAGGCAGAGAAGGAGGAAGGGGCUGGGAUAG